AGCAAUUCCAAAUAUAUUUACGUUGCAGUUUUUAUCGUCGCUUCUUUAUAGAACAAGAAUGCAUACACUUUGUUAAACGCGUUCAUGGCCUCGCGUGAAUCCCCCGUUGUUCUCGAAUCCGUCAAUUCACUCGCCGGUGCGCAUGCGCUUCCACCGCUGAAGAAGCGCAAGACAUGGCAUCCUCCUGCUAAGGAUCUGGGGGCUUCGUCGAUCGUCAUUCGGGCCCCCGCGACAUCACUAUCCGACGACCGCUACGUCCUCGACCCAAUCACCCUCCUCCCCCGUUCCAGGGUCCCAUUCUCCUGGCUCGACCCUUCAUCAUCUACAAUAUGGCCUGUUCCAUCGGGUAGUCUGUUUGUGGCGGACAUCCCCAUCCUCGAGAAUGAUUUGCGCGAACGAGUCGAGCCUAGCGUUCUCGCAGUGCGAUCAACGGCUGAUGGAGGUCUAUACGUUGUUGAGAGAGUGAAGAGGGGGAUAUAUGCGGUUUCGCGAUUAGGGCCUUGGGUUCAGGAGGUGGAUAUCUUUGUUGCGGUCAAGGGAUGGAGUGCUGCUGCUGUCGUUGAUGACCAGACGGUGCGAUGCGAGUCACCUGUCCGGGAUGGGGCCGUUGAGUGGUGGGAAGUGGCGCGGAUCGAAGAGCCUAUCGUGGAUGCGAAUGUGCUUCCUGAGAAGGGGGCAAACAUUGAUAUUUGCGUCGCAUUUUUCGACCAGGAGGAGGGGGAUAGUGUGUUGCCUGUGGAAUCCGUGGAGAGCCAAACUGCUUCGAUGGUCGCUCUCAAUCUCGAGAGGAGCUCGAGCACCGGUGCUCGUAUGCCGAGUAUCGCUAAAAAUGAUACCCAGGAGCAACUGGGCGCGAUGGUAUCCGCCGAUGUUGAUGACCUGCAAACACCACAAGAGCUACUAGAUGGCUUACGGGACCAGUAUCUGCAGGCUCUCUACAUCUCCAAGACAUCCCUGGCAUACUUUGCCAAAGGUCCACAGGCACGUUGUCGCAAUACGUUCCAAUCUACAGAAUCCGACUCUUCCAAGACGCCCGUUGACUUGGUCAACUUCUACCGAGAAGCUAUACUCCCCGCGAAGAAGAUGGAUUUGAAAUAUAAAGAGACGAUACCAGCUACAGUCCGCGACAUCAUGCUCAGUGUUUCUGACGACGAGACCCAGACUAAAAAGCGCAAAAGUCAAAAGAAGAAAAAGCUGGGGAAAAAUGGGCUUUAUCCUGACGAAGAGGAUUUCAUUCGGAAGUGGUGGAAGGAUAGGAGCUUGUCGGAGAAUAGUGUCGCGAUUGAGACCUCGCGAGAAGCAGAGAUGAAAAAGCACGUGGCUGAUUUACGACUGCGCGAAACUCAAUUGCAGAUACUUCUUAUACUGGAGACCAUGGCUCUGGAGUCGGCUCUGCCUGACGAUAAGAAGCAAGACAGUGCAAACGGCGACAAUCCACCUGACGAAACUGCAAAGAGGUCCAAGAGCAAGAAAUUGCAAGAUCUGAACGUGGUGCUUGAACUACAUCUUGAUCGGCUGUGCAUCUGGCAUGCCGUCAGCUUCGACGACUUGGCAAUCCCCGAGUCAAUUAAGGAUACGGAAAACAGCCACCUCUCUGGAAAAAAGGCUGAGAGUGACGCUGUGCGAGAUUUUUGUACAGAAGUUAUUGUCCCAUUCUAUGCGUCGCGCCUCCCGGACAAAUGCAAGCUGGUCACGCGAAAAUUCGGCGUCUCCAGCUCUACAACUCCUGCGAAACCCCAAGCAAAGAAAACACUACGGCGAGAAUCCGAGUCCGCUGCAAAACGGCAGCUGCAGCAUCUGAAACCCCGUCGCUCAUUGCAGCGUGUAUUAACCGACGAGAAAUCAGCCGCCUCUCAAGGACGGCACCCACUCCAGCGGUCCAAGACAGCACCAUCCAAACCAGACAGCAGACGGGAAUCCAUGGAACCGUUACUACCAAUGGCAAGCGCCAACGUCCGGGGCGGUAUACAAAAGGCCAAACGAGUGGAAAACCGCGAAGUGGACCUCAACGCACAAGCCAAACAGCACGAGACGAAGCUGAAAAAGGUUCAAUUGCUGGCAGACCAGAAGAAAGAACUGGACGCGGCGAUUCAUGCCUUACGACGACCCAAUCGAGAACUAGUCGCCAAAGAUAUUGCUGAAGAUGCGGAUAAGAGGACAACGCCUGGCGGCGGUGGCAGCUCGCGCAAACAGAAGAAUCCCGUCCGAAAUCCGUUAGGCCAAGGCGUGCAGGUCAUGGCUACGCCUAAGGGGAGUCGGAAGAGGGAUGCUAUUUUCAACUUACCACCUCCCCCGCUCCCUAUUAACAUGGUGCGGUCGUUCCCUGGACAUUCGAUUGAGCGCUCACCCCCACCCGACGAGAGUGACGCGCAAAUGGUCCCCGGCUCCACGGUCCGUCCGAGUUCGUUCUCGGGGACGUCUGGCAGAGACAUGGGCGUUAUUCAGGGAACUCCUACUCGCCGUCCGAAUAAACCAUUCGAAUCCCCUUGUUUGUCCAAAUCCAAGAGCGCGACUUAUACAUCUAACACCCUCUUCCGGGUCCCUAAUCGUCCUUCUUCAACUCAGCCAACAGAAAUGGCACCCUCGACACCCAUCUCAUCACGCCAUAUCCCUAUCGCUCAGCCACAAUUCAAUUAUUCCGUUACAGAAACGCCGCCUAGGAAACAGCAACAGCCCGCUGCACCCGUUCCAGACUCUCCUGCAGUUGCGUCUGAGCCUGCGGCAACUGCUGUUCUAAGUACACCGGUAAAGAAGAGUACUGCCCAGGAAACACCCGUUAAGAAGAAUUUCCUUGCUCCUGGCGAUUCGUCCGUGGUACCUGUUACACCAGAGAAAUCGAUAUAUGAGCAUUUGGGGUGGAAUGAUGAGGAUGAUAUUGGGUUUUAGUCUUUACACUUCAUGGAGUUCUGCGAUUAUGGUAUGCCACGGUUUUGGUUAACGGGAUGGGUAUUGUUACUAUUAUUAGCGGCUUGGGUUUUCAUCUCUGUAUGUAUGCUACUAUAAAACCCUAUUUUCUGAAGAAACUGUCACUUGGUCCUUCGAGCCCUGUCAUUCACAGUAUGGGAGGGUCACGUUUCCCCCUUCACUUAGAAGACUAUACAGUCUAACCUUCACCUAUUCCCCUCGGCACAGAAACAAGUCUUCUUCCAUCAGUUUUCCCACUAUGUCCAUCAUUAUCAUCUCAUCCUGGCUUCAGUAUCAAUACUUUCAAGUCCACAGUGUUAAAGCCGCUCUAUUAUACAUUCUGUCAAUAUUAUAUGAC